AUGGAUAACUUGCUCGCCCUGGCAGGCACCUCAUCGCUUUUGAACGGCGCAUCGGGCACGACCAUCCAGGACCUUGAGGAACGAAUCCCCGGUUUCGCCAUCUUGCAAAACUUCUUCAAGACAUGGCUAAAGCUGGAUCUCGCGUCUAUCCUAACAGUUGCCGCCCUCAUGGGUGCUGCCUCAAGUGGUGUCAGCAGCAUCCGAGACACUGGGGCCAAAAUCUACUGGUGGAUAGUGCGCUUCCUCACGGCUUCCAUUUCUAUCGCGGGCAAUGACCGCCUCAAUCGAGAGGUCCUCAACUGGCUGGGUGCCCAUAUACUCACAAAGAGGAGAACGCGCAUCCUCACAGCAAACUCGGAGAAAGUGCUGACCGACACUUGGCACUAUCAUCGUGUGUCCCAGGAACGUAACGACUACACCCACGACAGUAGAGCGCCAGUGCACUACCUGCCGACAUUUGGCACAACCUGGUUCAUCCACAAGCGCAAUCUGUUCAUGGUACGCCGCAUCUUGACGAGCAGCUCCAACACUGGUUGGUCGUUUCGCACACCGGACGAGUAUGCCGGCGCUCCUGAGGGCGACGAGCCGCUCGUGAUCAUGUGUCUCGGCCGGUCUGUGGAACCUAUCAAAAAAUUCCUCGAAACCUGCCGAGAGUUCGCCGACAAGCAGCGUGAGGCGUACGUCACAGUUCGAAUCAGCAAGGGCUCAUACAACGACUCGUGGGAUACGUCGAUUCUGCGUCCUAUUAGGCCUCUAGAAACGGUGCACUUUGAUGAGAAAGUCAAGGAUGCGCUGGUUGCUGAUAUCGCCAACUACCUGGACGCCAACACGCGCAAGUUUUACAACAGGCGCGGUAUCCCCUACCGGAGAGGGUUUCUGCUGUAUGGGCCCCCAGGCACGGGCAAGACAUCGCUCUCGCUCGCACUGGCCGGCAAAUUCGGGCUUGAGCUAUACUUGAUCCACAUCCCGAGCGUAGGAAAUGACGAUGCUCUAGAGAGACUCUUUACGGCCUUGCCGCCGAAGUGUAUGGUGCUUCUCGAAGAUAUCGACGCAGUUGGCAUUAAACGCCGUGCAUCGUCGAACGAUGACGACAGCAGCAACGACAGCGACGGUGAUGGUUCGUCCUCUUCGGACGAAGAUGAGUAUGGAAGGUCGAGGGUUACGCUCUCCGGUCUGUUGAACGUUCUUGACGGUGUUGCAUCGCAGGAAGGGCGCAUCGUGCUCAUGACGUCCAAUUUCGCGGAGAAGCUGGACAAGGCCCUCGUUCGCCCCGGUCGAGUGGACAGGAUGAUAUACUUGGGCCACAUCUCGCCAAGGAGCAGCGAACUCAUGUUUCUCCGCAUGUAUGCCGCCGACGCGGACAGUGCGGCUCCAGGAAGCCGGGACCUGCAGGUUUCAGAGGAUGAACUAAAGAGGCUGGCCCUCGAAUUCAGUAAAAAAAUCCCUAAUGAAGUCUUUACCCCAGCGCAACUUCAGGGGUACCUUCUAAAUCACCGCGACUCGCCUGUUGAGGCCACUGCCAAUGUGGAGCGAUGGGUGCAAGAGGAGCAGCAGACGAUUGAAGCGGCUAAGGAGAAGACGAGAAAGGCUGCCGAACAGAAAAAGAAGAGGAAGAGGGAAAGAAAGCUGGUUCGAGCGGCAGAGAUGGCUGAGGCGAUGCGGAAUUACGUCUCAGACGACGAGCUCGAGACGUUGCGUCAAAAGGUCGAGGAGAAGUCCAAGCGGAAAGCCAAGAGGCCAAAGGACAGCGUAGACGGGGCGGAGGAAAAGGGUAACUCAGAGCCCCUGGACGAGCCGAAGAGCUCUGGCCACAUGCCGAACGGGCUACCGAGCAGUCACGACUCAACUCUAAGUGGCCCUAAUGAGGCUUCUAGUCCUGAGAAAAGCGCGACUGGUGGCACAAACGAAACAGCGGGACCCGGCGAGUCCAAGGAAACGAGCACUGAAGCGGAACCGGUUUCAGCUGAGACUGAUACAAAGGUCCCGAGUCACGAAUAG